AUGGGCGGCUUGCGGUCUGAUCUCCAAAGCGCCAAGAACGGCUCUGAUCAGUCGAAACAGCCGGGAGGACGAAUCACGAAGAACGCCUGGAGCCUUGGGCCCAUUGAGAUUUUGGCAUCGCGGUUUAGAUUUGUACCGUUUUCUCUUCACGACAGUCAUUCCACAAUGAAGUCCUUCAUGAUCCUUCUCAUUGCUACCGGCCUGGUGUCGGGUCUGAGCAUCCCCAAGCAGCUGGACACCCGCCAGGCCAUCGCCCAGGCCCCGGCCGCUGCUCCCGCAGCUGCUGCUCCUGUUGCUGCACCUGCUGCUGCACCUGCUGCUCCCGCCGCUGAGGCUCCCGCCGCUGCUCCCGCGGACGCCGCCGCCGAGGAGGCGAAGAAGAAGGCUGAAGAGGAAGCUGCCAAGAAGGCGGCCGAAGACGCCGCCAAGGCUGGCGAGGGCGCUGCCGCUGCUCCCCCGGCCGAGGCCGCUCCCCCGGCCGCCGCCCCUCCUGCUGAGGGUGCCGACGCCGCCGCUGAGGCCGCGAAGAAGGCACAAGAGGAAGCCGCCAAGAAGGCUGCAGAGGACGCUGCGAAGAAGGCACAGGAGGACGCGGCCAAGCAGGCCGAAGACAAGCAAAAGGAGGCUGCCAAGGAGGCUGCUAAGCAGGCUGAGAAGGCCAUGGGAGACUACCAGAAGGGCAACAACAACAACAAGGGCAACAAGGGCAACAACAAUAACAACAAUGGUAACAACCGCAACAAUGGAAACAACCGCAACAACAACAACAACAACAACAACAACAACAACAAUAACAACAACGCCCUAUUGCUCCAGAACAUCCAGCUCCUCCUCGCGGCCAUGAACCUCCAGAACGUCGUCAACGUCCAGGCCCUCGCCCAGCUCCAGGCGCAGCAGCAGCUCGUGAUGCUCGCCCAGCUUCAGCAGCUCGCCCAGCUCAACGCCGUCGGCCUCGUCAACCAGGUCCAGGUUGUCGCUCUAAUGCAGCAGGGUCUCGUCCUCGGCGGCGUCCAGCUCGGCGGCGUCCAGGUUGUCAAGAUCCAGUGA